AUGGCCGCCUCUCUCCCAGCCAAGUUGAAGAUCAAAGACAUCACGCCCUUUGCAGUACGCGCUGCUCAACUAGAAAAACACAAGCCCAUCGUCUCAUACUGGUGCAACUACUACAUCAUCGACCAGAUCCUCUCCAAGGGCCUGCACUCUGCCGACGAUGAGUGCAUGCAGUACACAACCGCUCUGAUGGAUAAGCUUGAGCAGACCAAGAUCGACCAAGCAGGAAACGAUGCUAUCGUCGACGACAUUGCCGCAAAGGCAUACAUCGAGCAGUUUGCUCUUGACACGUUCCAACGCGCCGACGAUGCCAUCCACGACAACAAGGCCUCGCGUCAGACAAUCGACACCUUCCAAGCCGCCGUAACCUUCUUUGACCUUCUGUCCAUGUCAAUCUGGGCUCCCAUCGACCCAGACAUUACUGCGAAGUCCAAGUACGCAAAGUUCCAUGCAGUCCGCAUAGCCAAAGCUAUCAAGGCCGGCGAGGACCCGAACGACUCGAACCCUGCCCGAGAAGAGCCGCCAGUUGCUACCACUCAAGACACAUACCAUCCUCCCACCGUCGAGAGCGCUCCUGAGAGCCAGUAUCCUUCUCGCCCAGCCUCAGUCACACAACCUGAUCCCGCCCCCAUCGCUUCGCCAACCGCUCGAGAUGCAGUCUCCCCUGUCGAGUUCGCAAACCCACGCCAGAACUCUAUCGGUGGUGGCUACUUCCCCUCUGCUCCCACGUUUGUCUCAGAUCCUGCGCCAUCCAUCCCGCCUGCCGCUGAUCCAGCCACGCCCUUCGUACCCUCUGUUCCGACACCUGCUGUGAAUGCACCUGCCUCGCCAUCACAAUACUACACACAACCCACGCAACCGUCUGUGUCGAUACCUAUGCAUUCUCCUGCUGUUGUGCCGCCACCAGCCGCGGCUCCAGUGCCUCUUCCACCUGUACAGCCCGUAGCUCCAGGUACCUACCGAACUGAUGACGACUCUAUAACACUGGCUCAGAAGCAUGCCAAGUGGGCUAUGUCAGCUCUGAACUUUGAGGAUGUCGACACUGCUGUCAAGGAAUUGAGAUUGGCUCUCCAAACUUUGGGUGCAACUUAG